CAUCUGAUCCAUGCAGCCCUAUACAUCCUAGUAGUUCUAAAGUAACAUAAGACACAAAUACCACUUAGUCAACACAUACCUGUGUGACUCACCCACACAAGAAAGCAUUAGUUUUAGUACUAGCUAUACAUGUAGCUAGUUCCUAACUUGAGGGUCAGAGAUGUCAGGACAACAAAGAGGAAAUGGACAACUAACUAUGGACACACUGAUGAUAAAUACAGGACUAACAUACAAGCAAGUCAACCAAGAAAUUGUUGAGACUGAUUUUCCUGGAAUAGCCCAUCUAUUCAACUGUAUAGAUGAUCUUUGUGACCAGUUUGAGCUCUCUAAUGCAGAUAAGGAAGAUGUCAGAAGAUUACGGAAUUUCGAAAGUACAGAAGCAGCAAAUAAAGAAGCUCUAAGAAAAUGGAUAAAGAAAUGCCGACAUGAGGCUACAUUCAAGAACCUUCUCAUUAUCUUAUUGAAGCUUAGGAGAGAAGAAAUUACUAGAAAGGUGGCCCAUUAUGUUGCCAACAGACCACCAAGGCCAGAGGAGAGAAAAGAAAAACAAAGCUACUAUUUCAUUUCAACGGUUGCAGUCAUAUUAGUAGUCACACUAGCCAUUGGCAUCGUUUAUUGGAUACCGUGCAAUGAAGAUCAAUCGAUUCCAUAUACAGUACCUCCAUAUACAGUACCUCCAUAUAGAGUACCAACCCCUAACCUCAAAAUAACCAAUGAUCAGUACAAGGAGAAUUAUACUUUUAAAGGAUUACCAGUUCUCAAAAUGAUCGACUUUAAGCAGUACAAGGCUAAUUAUACUAAAUGGUGGUCCCCUCCAGUCUACACCCACCAUCACGGCUACAAGAUCUGUCUCGGUGUGCGUGCUAGCGGCUGGCGCACUGGUGAAAGAACACACAUCUCUGUGUUUGUGCACUUCAUGAGAGGAGAGUUUGACGAUUCUUUGAAUUGGCCGUUUCGAGGCAAUAUAUCCGUCAGACUAAUAGAUCAGCUCCGUGGAGAAGAUCACUGGGAUCAAAUAAUUGAUUACAAUUACUGGACGGAUAGCAAGACUGAUGACAGAGUAACUGACAGAGAUAGGGCAGAAUUGGGUUGGGGAAUAUAUAAGUUCAUCAAGCAAUCUGAACUAAAACCCAACUAUUUGUUAGACAACACACUUCUGUUUCAGAUACACAAGUGUAGCAUUGAAUGAAUCUUUCUUUUGUGUUUAGAUAGAUCUUACUGGUUUCCAAAUGCAAUAUCAAUCUUAUG